AUGUUCAGUAAACUUACCACCAAGAUUGCCCUUCGGAAAGCAGGUCUCCCAUCAAACACUCUCUCCAAUUUUUCAAUCACAAACCUCGAUAAUGGCGACCAGAAAUCCAUCAAUCCUAAGUCUGGAAACAGCAAUGCCACAUGGGGAGACACUUUCUCAAAUAUGACCUCAGAGGUCAAUGUCCCAAAGAGUUGGAAAUCGUGGGGAAAUCCACCACCGGCGAUAGUAGAAGUUGCCCCUGCACCGAUAGUGGGAACGAAAGCGCCAAACACAGCGAGAUUGAUAUUGCCCAUGGGGGAUGGGAAGGCUUGCGUGCUCGUAUUUCUGAGGUGCUGUGGAUGUGCUUUUGCAGAAAAGACCUUCAUCGAACUCCGUCGCUUAGCCAAUAAACAUCAGAACUUACAUUUCAUCGCCAUAUCUCACAACUCUAAGGAAGCAACGGAUAAAUGGGUGCAGCAAGUCGGGGGAGCAUGGUCAGUUCAAGUAGUCGUCGAUGAAGAUCGGGAAAUCUAUGCCAAUUGGGGAUUGGGAGUGAGCACGACGUGGCAUUUGCUGAAUCCAUGGACCGAGAUUGCACGACAGAAACUGGGGAAACAGGAGGGGAAUUGGGGAAGGGAGGUUGAUCCGAGUGGCAAUCGAUGGGUGGUGGGUGGAAGCUGGGCCACAGAUGAGAUGGGGACCAUUAAAUGGGGUGCUGCGAGUAAGAGUGCUGACGAGAUACCCGAUUUGGUGGAGGCUUGUAAGAGUGUGGGUGUUUCGUGAAAACUUGAAGGAUAUCUUAUGAUGUAGGCCAUGGAAUUUUGAUCGUGGAGUUAUGGGGCGCGAUUAAUGUCGAUAAAAUUCGGCGACUCUCGGUUGGGUUGACUUGAAGAUCUCUAUCGGGCGGGAAUACGAGAAAAUAGAUUGGUAAUCCUACAAUUUAUGAGUAACGAGGUAUCUGGCCAUGGAUUGGAUCGAGAAUGGAUUGUUUAACGCAGGUCCAAUGUUUCACAAUAUGCACAAUCUACAUGUAGGUCACCAACGAGUUGUUAGCCAGUCAGUUGCUCGCCAGUUCGGACAGCUCGGAAGCGAAGGAGUUGUCUGUAGAAGACGCGUCAAACAUGU